UCUAUACUUGUCUAUGGUAUAUAAUUGAUAUGUCAAAUUGUCAUUAAAGAUCGUGAAUAGAAAAUGUAAUAGAAAUAAACGAGAAAUUUCUUUUUCUACCCUAACUAUUGCACAGGACGUAAUAGAAGAUCAAUGGAUUCAUUGUUAUGAAAAAGUCAAACUCUUUGCUGACGAUUGAUUUGAUUUUAGUCUGAUUAUUGUAAGUUAUCUGAAAAGGAUAUGAAUUUCUGGUUGUUGGCGAAACAAUUUGAGAGGACGCAUCAACAGACUGUUUUUUAUCAUUAUGUUUUAUUGCAUUUAUGAUGAAAAACUUGUAAAGUCUGUUUCUGUGCGUGCAAAGAUUUUUAUGACUGUCAAGUUAUUUGAGCAGAAUUUGUCCAAUGGGCCAUUGUCUAAGUUGUUUCAAAAACCAAGCUAAUGCAGACAUUACUACUUCUCCUCAUAGGAAAAAAGAUGAGCUGACAGAUAUAGCAGUCACAGUUUCUGUUUUUCCACAACAAGAGCCACUCCUGCAUGACAAUCAAAACAGCAUUAACAGCUUAAGGAACACAAGCACAUCUCAAGUAUCAAGCACCAGGUCUGGAGAGCAGAGCCCUGUUGAUAUAAUCAAUACUCAGAAAACACAUUUAGUUUCAGAAAAAGUACCUAAACCAUUUUAUCAGAAAUUGCCGACCAUACCCAGGACUAUGUCAUCUUUGGGGGCAAAUGAUUCCCGCAUAUCUGAAUCUAAAAUUAAUCAACUUUUUGAUCAAUACAAAGAUUCAUUAGAAGAUGCUAUAUUGGCAGAAGGAAUAGAAAAUCUUUGUAAUGAUUUACAGCUAAAUCCUGAUGAUUUUAAAGUUUUGGUUUUGGCCUGGAAAUUGAAUGCUAGUCAAAUGUGUAGGUUCACAAAAUCUGAAUUCAUUCAGGGCUUGAAAAAUAUGAAAACUGAAUCUAUUAAGGGUAUUCAACACAAAUUGAAUGAGAUCACAAGUGAACUCAAGAGAGACACUGAACAAUUUAAGGAUUUGUAUAGAUUUACUUUUAAAUUUGGUUUAGAUGUCAGUACUGGCCAGAGAAUACUGCCUACAGACAUAGCUAUUGUAUUAUGGCGUCUGGUUUUCACAAACAAUGAGCCUCCUAUUUUGGACAGAUGGUUGUUGUAUUUAGAAAAGAAUCCACACAUAAGAGGCAUUCCAAAAGAUACAUGGUAUAUGUUUUUAAAUUUCUGUGAAUUCAUUGGGGAUGAUCUCAGUAGUUACGAUGACACAGAGGCUUGGCCUAGCCUAUUUGAUGAUUUUGUGGAGUAUGAAAAUGAUCAAAUGAAUCAAAAUGUCAAGAAGAAUGAUAUCAAACCACAGGAUUAAUGUCCAUUGCCAAAUUUUAGCUUCUGUAGGUACUUAAUUAAGAUAUUGAGACUGAUAAUCUGAUAAUGAAUGUUCAAUGAUGUUAGUCUUGUAUCUCUGGUGAAGUUAAGUGUUAAUAAGGUAAAUGAAUGUAUUACUAGUAUGAUGUACUGAACAAAAUUGAGUAGGUACAUAUUGUGAGAUUUAAAAAUGUACAUAAAGUACUUUUAUAUUUUAUAAAUGUUUAUCUUUAGGUUUAUUUUUAAAAAUUAUUUAACAUUCCAGUGAUGGAAUUAGACAAAAUUGUGUAAAUAUCGUUUUUAGUUGCAUCAAAGGUACCUUCUAUUUCUUUAACAUUGUAUAUUUUUUACAUCUACCUUUCUUUGUUGCUAUUUGUGGAGUCUAAAUCUUGCACAAAAUGAACAUUGCCUGAAAAUAAUUAAAUAAAAAUAGUAAAGAAGUUUUAUUUAAAAAUGGGUAUGAUGGAGGAUAAGCGGAUUAAUGACUAGAAGUCCCUUCACACUAGAGGAUUUUCCGCUCAGUUUUUAUAUGUGCAACAAAAAACCUGUCGAGCGGUUUUUUUACAGACUCCUAUAUGCACGACGCAAAUUUUGAAUCAUUCUGUUGGCCGAACUAGGCCAGCGCGCUAGGGAACGACACGCGAUGGCGUAGGUAGAUGUACGUUUUGGAAGCGAGCUGUCGACUUCAUUACGUGCACAACGACUGCACACUGAAUUCGUCCGCAGCUGUACUACUGGAGUGAGUAGGUUCAUAAGGUGGGCCGAUAUACUAUUAUAUUUCGCAUUAAAAUGAAUAAUUGUAAGAACAACAAAAAUGCGUCAACCCUAGCUAGUCGUAACCUCUUUUCGCCAAUACGAAUCAAAUAAGACGUGGUCUUUGCUGUACACCGAUGUGAAGUGCCCCUUAUUUUCUGUUUGUGCACCUCUAAUAUACACACGUAUAUAACUAUAUUUUUACCGAUGUAUGUGUGCAUACAAUUUUCGAGAGUUGCCCGCGAUUUGCAUCAUCAGAUCCUGACCAGGGGCCCGAUUCUCCUAAUUUUACUUAAGCAACAUACGAUUCACGUUCGACUGCGAUCCAAUCCCGACUCGAUUACGAUUGAAACGUAUGUGGCAUUCCGCUAUUUUUUCUUUGAAAUAAACGUUUUUAUCCUUUUCUGUCAUUCAAUAAUGAAUCAUUUUGUCUGCAAAUGAUUAACUAUUCAUCAUCAAUCAAAAAUCAUUUUGCAAUCGUAAAUCAUUUGCAGACAAAAUGAUUCAUUAUUCAAUGACAGAAAAGGAUAAAAACGUUUAUUUCAAAC